GGGAGACCAGCCCAGCCCUCCCCGGAUCCAGGCGUCACCCCAGUACCACCUUACGUAUUCAACACUGAGCUGCAGCUUGCUGCAAGCAGGGUUGCACGUGCGACUUCUUGGUUCGCAUCGAAAGGGUUCGCCAAAGCUUCGUUUCCCUCCCGAGAGCUCUCUCGGGACUAAGACGGCGUGCCUUCCGUCCGCUCCCAAAGCCCGAUGACGCCGGCUCUGUGGAUUUUCCCCUCUCUUUCUUGGCCAGCCAGGUGGAUAGAGGGCCUCUCUCGCUAAAUAGCCCGAAGUCCCCCUUGUUACCAUCCCUACUCUCGUUCUCUCCCAAUUCCUAGAGGGUUGUUUUGUUUGUACCUAGUCAAGGUGACCACCACGUGUCGAGAGUUACACCAUGGCGUUCCGAGAUCUUGCGAUCGCGGCACUCGCCGGUCUCAUCCCAAGCGCUUCGGCGCUGUACAUCAAUGGCUCCGUCACAGCACCGUGCGACUCGCCGUUAUACUGCCAGGGAGAAAUCCUGAAGGCCAUCGAGUUAGCCCGGCCGUUCUCAGAUUCCAAGACAUUCGUGGAUAUGCCAACGAUCAAGCCGCUGGACGAAGUGAUUGCAGCCUUUAGCCGGUUGGGUCAGCCAUUGUCCAAUAAUUCGGAGCUCACUGCCUUCCUGGCUGAGAACUUCGCCCCAGCCGGCGGCGAGCUCGAGGAGGUGCCUACCAGCGAGCUCGAGACGGAUCCGAGCUUCCUCGACAAGCUCGAAAAUGUCGACAUUAAAGAGUUCGUCGGGAAGGUGAUCGACAUCUGGCCCGACCUGACCAGGCGCUAUGCCGGCGCGGGCAACUGCUCUGAGUGCGCCAACAGCUUCAUCCCGGUGAACCGUACGUUCGUCGUGGCUGGUGGCCGCUUCCGCGAGCCCUACUACUGGGACUCGUAUUGGAUUCUCGAGGGCCUGCUGCGCACCGGGGGUGCAUUCACCCAGAUCUCCAAGAACAUGAUCGAGAACUUCCUCGACUUUGUGGAGACGAUUGGCUUCGUUCCCAACGGCGCCAGGAUUUACUACUUGAACAGGUCUCAGCCUCCUCUUUUGACGCUGAUGGUCAAGACCUACGUCGACUAUACCAACGACACCAGCAUUCUGGAGAGGGCCCUGCCACUGCUGGUCAAGGAGCACGAGUUCUGGACCAACAACCGGACCGUGUCCAUCACCGCCACCGACGGCAAGGAGUACACUUUGAAUAGAUACUCCGUCAACAACAACCAGCCGCGCCCCGAGUCGUACCGGGAAGACUAUGUCACGGCCACGAACACGUCCUACUACGCGGAGUCGGGUAUCAUAUAUCCCGUCAAGACCCCUCUCAACGAGACGGAAAAGGCCGAGCUGUACUCCAACCUGGCUAGCGGCGCCGAGUCCGGCUGGGACUACACGGCCCGGUGGCUUCGAACCCCCAACGAUGCGGCGAGAGACGUCUACUUCCCCCUCCGCUCGCUCAACGUCCGCAGCAUAGUAUCCGUCGACCUCAACUCGAUUCUCUACCAAAACGAGGUGAUCAUCUCCGAGUACCUCGAGCAAGCCGGCAACUCCUCCGAGGCGAAGCGCUUCGCGGAUGCCGCCGAGCAGCGCAGCGAGGCCAUGUACGCGCUCAUGUGGAAUGCCACGCACUGGUCCUACUUCGACUACAACCUCACCGACAAUUCGCAGCGUGUCUUCGUCCCCGAAGACGCCGACACCGCGCCCAGCGACCAAACCGCCGCCCCGCCCGGCCAGCAGGUCCUGUUCGACAUCGCGCAGCUGUACCCCUUCUGGACAGGCGCAGCCCCCGCCAGCCUCAAGGCCAACCCGCUCGCCGUGCAGAACGCCUACGCGCGCGUGGCGCGCCUACUCGACACCAAAGCGGGCGCCAUCGCCGCGACCAACUUCCGCACGGGGCAGCAGUGGGACCAGCCGAACGUGUGGCCACCCCUCCAACACAUCCUGAUGAAGGGCCUGCUCAACACGCCCGCGACGUUCGGCACGGAGGACCCCGCCUACGCCCACACGCAGGACCUCGCCCUGCGGCUCGCCCAGCGCUACCUGGACUCGACCUUCUGCACGUGGUACGCGACGGGCGGCUCGACCAGCGCCACGCCCCAGCUGCAGGGCGCCGCCCCGGGCGCCAGGGGAACCAUGUUUGAAAAGUACGCCGACGACGCUACCAACGUCGCCGGCGGCGGCGGCGAGUACGAGGUCGUCGAGGGCUUUGGCUGGACCAACGGCGUCCUGAUCUGGGCGGCUGACGUCUUUGGCGACCGCCUCGCUCGCCCGGACUGUGGUGACAUCACCGCGGCGCAUACCCAUUCUAGCGAGAAGCGGGCUGUAUCUGACGAUGUGGCUGGUGUUGCUGGGGUGCGGCGUGGGAGGAGGGCGGUGGAGCUGGAUCCGUGGGAUGCCGCGUGGACGAAGAUGUUUGGGCGGAGGAAGUUGAAAUAGAGAGAUAGAGAGAGGGUGGGUGGGUGGAAGCGGUGGUUGAAUUGAGCGGAGUUGAGUGGGUUGGUUGGUGAUAAUGGUGUUCAAGACUGGAGGGAUAUAUUCCUACCUAUAGUAGUGGCCUUAGUGUUUAGUACCGGCGAGCCUGGGUGGUCUGGAGCUGCGCCUAUGCGUGGCUUCGAAGCUGCCUGGGUGGGUUGCGUCGCAUCCGUAUGAUACCUACCUAAUGAAUGACCUUGGCUUUUG